AUUUGACAUUACAGUUUUUGAACAACAUAUGGCAACACUAACCCGACAAAGAAUGAGCCAUACAUCAAUUCGAAAAAGAAUGUCUUAGAGGUGGGAAGUGCGAUCGUUCCGUUGCGUGUCUGCGUGAAAUAUUUAUAAAAAUAAGGUAUAAGGUGACUAACAUUAAAAGCAUUAACUGUGUGAAGUGCAAAUAUUCUACCAAGCCCAUCGGUAAUUCGUUAACGCGCUUUCUUAGCAAUGGUGCGACGGGAGAUUUAAUUUUAACGCAUUCUUUUUGUCAAUUAUAUUCACUUGAGUAAUUGAACUAUUUUUAUUUAUACUCAACACUGGCGGUGCAUCUACAAACAUUGACCUUUUUCGUAUUGUAAUUGAACCAUUUAUGUGUAAUUGCACAACGGCAAAUUGAAUUCUACGUACUUGUUGAACUCCAAGGAUAUUUUACACAAAAUUUAAGAGUUCUAAAUCUUGUUAUGGUUUGAAAAAUUAUAAUUUUUUUCCACAAUUUAUUUUUAUUUGCAAAUACAAAAUACACAUCGCCUCACUGUUCUAAAAUAACGAACAUAAUAGCAUAAAUUAGCAAAAUUAAUUAGUGCAGAAUUGUAUCUACUUGAGCUGUGUCAACAAAUUUAAUUAAUUAAUUAAGAAAAUUAUUCCUGUAAAUCAAAAUAUAAUUUUGUAAAUAAUUUCAAAAGUGGAACCACCAUCAAAAUGCUAAAGUUUAUUCGAGGUAAAGGCCAGCAGCCUUCAGCUGAGCGGCAAAGACUACAAAAGGAAUUAUUCGCAUAUCGCAAGACUGCACAGCAUGGAUUUCCGCACAAACCAUCAGCUAUGGCUUAUGACCCGGUGUCGGAACUUAUGGCCAUCGGUACGCAGACAGGUGCCAUUAAGGUUUUCGGUCAACCUGGUGUUGAGUUUUAUGGACAGCAUACAAUGUCGAGUGGUUCAGCAGCGGAACUUAAUGUGCAAAUGCUAGAAUGGGUCUAUGGCACUGGCAGGCUCUUGUCUCUAACAGCUGCCAAUCAGCUUAUAUUGUGGGAACCAGUGGGAGCUGCACUUAUUGCUAUUAAAACAUUACCAUUUGAUGGCAAACUCAAAAAAGUUUCUGCACUUUGCUGUUCACUUAAUAAAGACAUUGUAUGGGUAGGCACUGAGGGUGGUAACAUAUAUCAGUUCGAUCUGAAAUCGUUUGCCAUACGCGAGCCGGUUAUAUACCACGAUGUUGUUUUGGAACAAGUGCCACCAACGUACAAACUUAAUCCUGGCGCCAUUGAAUCUAUUAAACAACUUCCAAAUGCGCACAAUAAGUUAUUGAUUGCGUAUAAUCGGGGAUUGUGUGUGCUGUGGGAUUUGGAAACUUCCUCAGUUACACGUUCUUAUAUUGCACCUGGACAUGGUCAGAGUGUUGGCCUAUUUAUAAAUGCGAAUGGUACACAAUUUACAUGGUAUCAUGCUGAUGGUUCGUAUGCCACUUGGAGUUUAAAUAGUACAGACGUGCCGAAAAAUCUUAAUUAUGUUCCCUAUGGCCCGGAUCCAUGCAAGAGCAUUAACCGUCUGUACAAAGGCAAAAGAGGAUUGAUCGACAUAACUGUUUUUUCGGGAGGUAUGCCAAGAUCUGCAUAUGGUGACCAUAAUUGCGUGUCUGUCCAUGCUAGUGACGGAAAUAAAACCUGUUUAGAUUUUACUUCCAAAGUGAUUGACUUUUUUGUAACAUAUAAGGACGAAAGCGAUUUGGCGCAGGUGCUCAUCGUUUUGUUAGAGGAGGAAUUAUGUGCUUAUGAUUUAGUAGAUCCAAAGGUACCCGCAGUGAAAGCGCCAUAUUUACACUCAGUUCAUGCUUCGGCAGUUACUUGCAAUUACUUAGCAUCUCAAGUUUCGCAAGAAGUUCAUGAGAAAAUUCAACGCGCUGGAGAAGAACAAGAUGCAAAUUAUAGUAAUAUAGAAUGGCCAAUCACUGGCGGAAUAUUAGCUGAAGGUGUAGAAAACGAUGAUGUAAAUGAGGACGAUAAAGAGUAUGAAAUUUUAUUGACAGGGCAUGAAGAUGGUUCUGUUAAAUUUUGGGAUUGCACAGAUAUCGUGUUGAAGCCCAUAUACAAUUUUAAAACUGCCACUGUCUUUGGACAUGAAAAUCAAGAUGAUAUACCUUUAGAUGCAACUGAAUCUGUAGAUGAGUCUGAACCACCAUUUCGUAAAGCUGGCCUAUUCGAUCCUUAUUCUGACGAUCCACGACUGGCUGUAAAAAAAAUAUCAUUGUGCCCGAAAACAGGUCAGCUGAUUGUAGGUGGAACAGCUGGCCAAAUUGUUAUAGCCAAUUUUGAUGGUAAUGAUGAGGAAAAAGCACCUUUAAAAGUUAGUUCAAUGAAUUUAGUAAGUGAUCGUGACGGUUUUGUGUGGAAGGGACAUGAUCAAUUAAAUGUUCGUUCAAAUUUACUGGAUCCUAACGCUGAGCCAGUGUGUACAGAUGGUGUACAAAUCACUGGUGUGUUGCAAGUACUACCACCAGCUAGCAUAACAUGCCUGGCUUUGGAAGCCAACUGGGGUCUUGUUUCUGGUGGAACAGCACACGGUUUAGUACUGUUUGAUUUCAAAAAUUUUCUGCCAGUAUUUCAUCGAUGUACCUUAAAUCCUAAUGAUCUGACGGGAGCUGGUGAACAAUUAUCCCGUCGGAAAUCUUUCAAGAAAUCUUUGCGAGAAUCAUUCCGUAAAUUACGUAAAGGGCGUUCAACACGAAACAAUCCAACACAGCAAGUACCAACAACGCUUGAUGCGCGUCCAAUAGAGCGGCAAGUAGAAGCACGAUCAGCAGACGACGGCAUGGGAUCUAUGGUUCGUUGCUUGAUGUUCGCUAAAACUUUUAUAACAAAUGUGAACAUAACCUCACCAACAUUAUGGUCUGCUACGAACUCCAGUACAGUUUCUGUGUUCCUUUUGCAUUUGCCACCCGCACAAACCGCUGCGACAUCUACACCACCGGCAAGUGGAGACACUAGUGCACCGCAAAUACGUCGCGUUACCGCUCAGUUAGCUAAAGAGAUUCAAUUGAAACAUCGUGCACCAGUUGUUGGAAUAUCAAUUUUCGAUCAAACUGGUUGUCCAGUGGAACAACUAAAUGGAGGAAAUGGUUCACCACCACAUCGCGUACUAAUUGCUUCAGAGGAACAAUUUAAAAUAUUUUCCUUGCCACAAUUAAAACCAAUAAACAAAUAUAAAUUGACAGCAAAUGAGGGAGCUAGAGUGCGUCGCAUACAUUUUGGUUCAUUUUAUUGUAGAGCAUCCGCUGAAUUAAUACAAAGUGCGAUUGCUGGAGGCAGUCCAACAAAGUCAACCAGAUCGCAUGAUGCUACACCUAAUGCCGAAUUAGCAAAUACCAGUAUGGGCUCUGCAGCUGAUGCAGCUGCUGACACGCGUUUAUAUCAUGAAAUGGCAUUGCUCUGUUUAACCAAUCUAGGCGACAUAAUGGUUUUGACUAUACCAGAAUUAAAACGUCAACUUAAUGCCGCAGCUGUACGUCGUGAAGAUAUAAAUGGCAUUUCAUCACUAUGCUUCACUAACGCCGGCGAAGCGUUAUACAUGAUGUCUUCUUCUGAACUGCAGCGUAUUUCAUUAGGUAGCUCUAAGGUAGUAACACCACUAGGUGGUAUAGAAGUUGAGCCAUUAGCAACCAUUGAUGAACAGAACAACAGUUCACAUGACGAUGGUGUUAAAGAAGAUGGGGCAGAAUGUACAGAGGCAGAUAAGUUUGCCGCUCCUAUAGCUAAAGAACGCACUAUAAAAGUAUUGGAAGUUAGCGUGGAUAGUAAUGGUCUAACAAAUGGUAUGGCUUCCAGCGGAGAAGGCAAUUCGCCUAAUCGCGCAAAUGAAACAAUCAGCAGUAGCAUAGGAGAUAUAACCGUUGAUUCUGUACGUGAUCAUUUAAACACAACUACGACUACUUUAUGCUCCACCACAACCGAAGAAACAGUUGGCCGCCUCUCUGUGUUAAGUACACAAACUAAUCAAACAUUGACCACCGUUAAUAUGAAAGACAUCAACGAUUUUAAUAUACCACAUCUAAUGGAUGUAGCACCCAACAGUAGCACAACUGAAACCAGCACUAGCUCCGUUGUUAUCAAAUCAGUAAUAACCAGCAUUUCACACGAGAAAACCAAUGGUGAUACAACAGAAACAGUAACGACAAAAACCACAACACAUGAGGAAAGUCAAUUUUAAAUGUUCAAUUACGAUUUGACAAAUCUUUCUGUGGUGUACUUCAGAUUACAACGGUCUAUGACAAUUUAUCCAUCAACAAAGUACCAUUUAUUUCAAAUGUCAUCAUUAGGUUGAAAGAAACCUUUAGAUAUAUUUACCACAAUAGCAGUAACAACACUCUAUCAUAAUUUUAGUUGCCCUCUUUAUAUCGCAUAUUUUUAAAACAAUUUUUUAUAAUUAUUUAUAUACCGACGAUCGAUUUUCGAAAUAUUGUAUGUUAUCCAUUUAAUAUGUUAUUACAUAUUAUUAUAUAUGUAUUUCAUACGUUUUUAAAUGUUUUGUAUAUUUUUUUAAUUUUGCUAUUGAAAUUAGCUUAAUGUUGAAAUACUAAAUUUAGUUAAAACUUGUAUUUUGAAAUUAUUAGGGACUUUAUAUUCUACUAAUAUUUUAUAACAUUUUAUUAUAUUAUUAAUGUUCGUAUUUUUGUUUGUAAUUUUGUUUGUAAUUUUGUUUGUAUUUUUGUUCGUAUUUUUGUUUGUAUUUCUUUUCAUAUUUUGUUACAAAUUAACUGUUUUCAAUUGAAUAAAAUAAUCCACCGAUUAUACUUUUUGCGAAACACAAAUGUUUUAUGCUUACGCAUACAAAAAGGAUUUUAUAAACAAAAAGUACAAUCCG